GCGGUUCAUUCCCCCAUGGAAAAGGCGAAGAUGGCGGAGCUGGAGAGCUUGGAGACGGCGGCGGAACACGAGAGGAUCCUGCGGGAGAUCGAGAGCACCGACACGGCUUGCAUCGGCCCCACGCUCAGGUCUGUGUACGACGGCGAAGAACACAGUCGGUUCAUGGAGAAACUGGAAGCGCGAAUCAGAAACCAUGAUCGUGAGAUUGAGAAAAUGUGCAAUUUCCAUUACCAGGGUUUUGUGGACUCCAUCACGGAGCUGCUGAAGGUUAGAGGAGAAGCUCAGAAACUAAAGAAUCAAGUGACGGACACCAACCGAAAGCUGCAGAAUGAAGGGAAAGAAUUGAUAAUAGCGAUGGAAGAGUUGAAGCAAUGCCGGUUGCAACAGAGGAAUAUUUCGGCAACGGUCGAUAAGCUUACGCUGUGUCUUCCUGUCCUGGAGAUGUACAGCAAACUGCGGGAGCAAAUGAAAUCUAAAAGGCACUACCCUGCGCUCAAGACCCUGGAGCACCUUGAACACACGUAUCUGCCCCAAGUGAGCCAUUACCGCUUCUGCAAGAUCAUGGUGGAUAAUAUUCCAAAGCUGCGUGAAGAGAUCAAAGAAGUUUCCAUGUCGGACCUCAAGGAUUUCCUGGAGAGCAUCCGGAAGCAUUCGGACAAGAUUGGAGAAACGGCAAUGAAACAGGCACAGCAGCAAAGAAACCUGGACAAUAUUGUGUCGCAGCAUCCCAGGAUAAGCGCGGGGAAGAAAUCCAAGAAAGAAGUCUUGGCAAGCUCUGAUCUGGAGGUAAAAACCACUAGCCCCAUGUCUGAGCAAGAUUCGGGUAUCCUGGAUGUUGAAGAUGAGGAUGAGGAUGAAGAGGUGCCCGGGGCCCAGGACUUGGUGGACUUCUCGCCGGUGUACCGAUGCCUGCACAUAUAUUCCGUCCUGGGUGCCCGAGAAACCUUUGAGAACUACUAUCGGAAGCAGAGAAGAAAACAAGCCCGAUUGGUCUUGCAACCACCUUCAAACAUGCAUGAAACUCUAGACGGCUACAGGAAGUAUUUCAAUCAAAUUGUAGGUUUUUUUGUAGUUGAAGAUCACAUCUUGCAUACUACGCAGGGCUUGGUAAAUCGAGCCUAUAUUGAUGAGCUGUGGGAGAUGGCGUUAUCAAAAACCAUCGCAGCGCUAAGGACGCAUUCAUCCUACUGCUCAGACCCGAGCCUGGUGUUAGACUUGAAGAACCUCAUUGUCCUCUUUGCAGAUACACUCCAGGGAUAUGGCUUCCCGGUGAACCAGCUCUUUGACAUGCUCUUGGAGAUCCAAGACCAGUAUAGUGAAACCCUACUGAAGAAAUGGUCAGGAGUUUUCAGGAACAUACUUGACUCUGAUAACUACAGUCCCAUCCCAGUGACGAGUGAAGACGUUUAUAAGAAAAUAGUUGGCCAGUUUCCAUUCCAGGAUUCUGAACUUGAAAAGCAACCGUUUCCAAAGAAGUUCCCCUUUUCGGAAUUUGUGCCUAAAGUUUACAAUCAGAUUAAGGAAUUCAUCUACGCCUGCCUGAAGUUUUCAGAAGACCUUCACCUGAGCUCCACUGAAGUUGAUGAUAUGAUUCGAAAAUCUACGAAUCUGCUGCUGACCCGAACGCUGAGCAACUGUUUACAGAACGUCAUCAAGAGGAAAAACGUUGGGCUGACAGAGCUUGUACAGAUCAUUAUAAAUACGACCCAUUUGGAGAAAUCCUGCAAAUUCCUCGAAGAAUUCAUAACCAACAUCACUAAUGUUCUUCCAGAAACUGUCCACACUACAAAACUGUACGGGACUACAACCUUCAAGGAUGCCCGCCAUGCUGCUGAGGAGGAGAUUUACACUAACCUGAACCAGAAGAUAGACCAAUUCUUACAGUUGGCAGACUACGACUGGAUGGCCAUGGAGCCGGGCAGCAAGGCUAGCGACUACCUUGUAGACCUCAUCGGCUUUCUCCGCAGCACGUUUGCUGUGUUCACUCAUCUCCCGGGGGAUGUAGAUGUCCACUCUACCAUGUCGGGGAAGGUGGCGCAGACGGCGUGCAUGUCGGCAUGCAAACACCUCUCCACCUCGCUGAUGCAGCUGCUGCUGGAAGCCGAAGUGCGUCAGCUGACUCUGGGCGCCUUGCAACAGUUCAACCUGGACGUGGAGGAGUGUGAACAGUUUGCCAGAUCCGGCCCAGUGCCUGGGUUCCAAGGGGACACGCUGCAGUUGGCCUUCAUCGACUUGAGACAACUCUUGGAUCUGUUCAUCCAGUGGGACUGGUCAACGUAUUUGGCUGACUACGGGCAACCCACGUGCAAGUAUCUCCGUGUGAACCCAAUGACAGCCCUCAUCCUGCUGGAAAAGAUGAGAGACACGAGCCGAAAAAACAACGUUUUUGCCCAGUUUCGGAAAAAUGAGAGGGACAAACAGAAGCUGAUCGACACUGUGGCCAAGCAGCUCCGCAGCCUGAUCAACAGCCAUCACUCAUGAGGGACUUGGAGACCUCCUGCACCUCAGCCUUCCACACGCCUGGACUUGGGAUUCUUGUUCAAAGAGAAUAUAUGUAUUUUUGUAUUCACCUGUAUAGUAUUCAUGAAACCUACCCUGAUGACAAAAUGUUCCUUAGCAAACAAUCCCGGGAAGAGAGGCGGCACUGUUCGUGAAGGUGGUGGCAGGAGUGUCCUGUUAUAAACUCCUAUUUUCAGGGGUUUAUAAAGUGAUGGUAAACCCCGAAGCCCGAGGGAGAAGUUCACACCCCGACUUAUGUUCUUGGCUUCCUUUCGUUAACUUAUUCAGUCACGGAAGACAAAAUAGAGGGAGGAGUUGUGAUUUCAGGUUCUUUCAUAGGCUCUGGUACAAGGAGUAGAUGUUUUGGAAGGUCACACAUGAGCUUGUCUUGCCAACUUGCAUAUUGGAUUUAGGCCGGAAAAGAGGCAAAUUGACUUCCCAACUUUCUUCUCUUUCCUGGAAGGGCUGAUUUCCACCAUAGGCUGUAGAUUGCUGGAGUUCCAACCCUUUCCCACCUCAGCCUAGCCACCCCCUGAGCUCCACCUCUAGAUCCUACUGAUGGCUUUUGGACCUGCACUGAAUGUCGAAGGGCUUCAAGAACUGCCUCGUUGAUUAGAUUUGGCUCAUCUGGCGCUGGCAUGGUGCUUCUGGAAUCCAGCAGGAGAGGAGGGAUGCUCAGCAGGAACGGUGCAAAGGCAGGCUGGAUUCUCCUGGUGUCCAGAGCACUCCGUUCAGGUUCUUUUCUUCUCCUUGCACCUCUUUUCCAUGCUGAUGUCCCAUCUUCCCUCUCCUCCUGACACAGUGCAAUGGGGUGAAGUCCUUCUGCAUCCUGCGUGUGCUCUGGCUUGUGUUGCACAAGAGUGGCCCUACAAACCCACCGCUGGCCAGGACACUGAGCAGGAACCUCCUGGAUGUCCCUGAAGCAAGAGAUGCCCCACAGAGCCGCAUCGCCCAGCACCUCCCAGCUCAGAAAGUGCCUAUGGACAAAAUUCCCCUCUCUCUUCUGGAGGUCCCCAAACAUCCUCUGCUCAAAUCGAGACACCCUUGAGGAGGACGAUAACUUUCCCAACAGGACUUUAAUCACAGGGUUCAGGUUACAGAGAGAGGGGAUUUUUGCCCUUAUCUUCUCGUUACCCUUUUGACUGUAAUUACUGCAGAUGAAAGCUUAUCCAGCUGGUUCCCCUACCUCCCAAACCCUGAUGUUAAAGGGAAUUAGAGUCUCCCUGGUGUGUGUUACAGCUCUGGAAGAGCCACGAGCCAUACCUGUUUUCUACCCUUGUUCAAGAGCGCUGGAUGCUCAGCUCUCAAACCGCUCCUGGAGGCAGAGAAGGGGGUUUGUUGCCUAUGGAGCAACAUCCCUUCUCAUUCCCCUCCCUGGGUGCAGAUUCCCAAAGCUGUGGAGGGGCAGAGCAUGUAGGAACAUCACCACAUGGCAUUUGCAGAAGAGCGGCAGCAUUUUCUUGGCCCAUUUGCUCUCUGUCCAUGUGCAAUUUUUGCCGUGUGGUUCUUGCCUGCGGAGGUCUUCUGAUGUUCAAGCUCUGGAUGGACAAAGGAGAUCUUCUCUCCUUGUUCCUCAGCAAUACUUGAUUCCUUGUUUUCUUUUUGAUAGGCAUACGUGUUAAUUAAGUCAAUAGGCACAUUGUGGGGCUGCCACCCCAGCAGUUUCCAGCCAUGAGGACCAGGGGAUUAUUUGCAUUAAGAGGAGGGAAGAGCCAAAUGUGGCUUCACGGUUCCUCGCUUUUGGGAGAGGGAAUCAGAGGUUGCUUUCUUCUCAACUCCUCUUUGAAGUACAUGUAUGAAGGAUGGAGGGGAAAAAGCAGCUGAAUGAAAGUUGGUGUUAGUGUGGCAAGAAAGGGAUUGUCUUUGUAGAUACAUCUACAGAUGACCAGGCAAAGGCCAGAAAGGGACUAUCUUUGUAGAUACAUCUACAGAUGAUCCAGUUUUUGGAGGGACAAGUAAAAAUGAGCUCAGUCCAUUCCCUGCUGGGACCGCUUUCCUGCUCCUCAUAAUGCUGGAUCUAAGUGUAGAUCAGCCUGGUGGCUUCACUACAUCCCCUGUGAGCUCCAGCUCUGUGUUGGCAUUCCAUGAAGAUAAAAUUGUCCGGCUUGCUGGACUCUUGUAGGAGAUGAAUUGCUGGGGAAAGGAAGCAGAGCCCUCCUCAUGGUCCUGGCAGUGAUGGGAGACCCCUCAGCCUUCCAGCCAAGAUGCAUCCCAUGAGCCUGAGGACCACAAGGCACUAUUAUUCCUCCUCCCCAUCCCUUAGCAGUGCCACUAUGGGACAGAUGUGGGGCCAGGAGCUUAAAGGGGGGUGCAAAAUCAGGUGGGGUGGGCUGAUUCAGAGCUGCUACCCGGAGGAUCCAAAGGUGUUGGUAGCAGGAGAAGCUCCAAUCCACAGGAGGCUUCAGUUGAGGGCCAUUAAAUAGUAAGAAGCACUUUAGAAUCCUUCAAAAUCAAGCUGCUACAGAUGCUGGCAAUGGCGCUGCUGAGCAUCAGCGAGCAUGACAAAUAAGGCGCUCUGGCACUUCCAGGUUUUAUUAGUGGGAGGAUAGACUGUCAAACACAAUUUUUAAUCGCUUUUGUCAGCCGCUGGCUUGGCUGCCGGGCGAGGCGGUACCUUUGCAGCCGGGAGGCUUUUUCUCUUCUCCAAGCUAGGAUGGAGGGAGGAGGAGCAGGCAGCGCCCGGCAGCAUCGCCUCCGCUCACCGAGACACGGGGACCAGGCUUUGUGCUGUCGGUGCGAGCAGAAAAACGCAUCUAGCUGUGCUGCCGCCUCGAAAUUCCACUUUUAUGCCCCUAAGGGAUGACCCCUGUAUUGCGUUGCACAAGUUAUUCCCAGAUAAAAUUCCCAAAGCAGCUGGAUCUCAGGGCAAGACCUUGUUUCAGAGCCUCCAGCUACUUUCCAAUCUUCUCCAUCCCAUAACUGAGCUAUCCCACCCAUCUCCACUGAGCUUUCUUUAGGAGAGGAGCGACACGGCGUUGCCCUGCCUGCCCAGAAGGGAUUUCCUCGCUCCUUUGAGCUCUGUUUGGAGAAGCCGGGCUUGGAAUCCUUCACACCAACUUCUGGCGCUCAGGACUCGCUGCUGGGAAAGUCAAAGUCGGCCAAGGGAAGAGAUUCAGGGAGUUUCUGAUUUCGGAGGUCAAGCGCCUAACCGCAAGUCACAGAACGGGAUAAAAAAUGGCAUUUUUGGUGCUCUGGUCCUAAUUAAAAACUUUUUGUUCUGCGCGAUGCAGUCCCAUCCCUUCAAAAUAAAAAUUAAUCUUUGAAACAGAUUGCUUAAAAAGCCCUGGAAGAUGUUUAAAAUCCCCUCUAAAUCUCUUCCUAAUGAUCGGUGUCGUCCAAUACGGAUGGGAUUGCUUAGGAGGGAGAGGUUGUUGCUAUAAAUUUACAAAGAAGGGGUGGGAAAUAGAAGCAGAACCCGCUCUGUUGUUGAAGAUAUGCGACCCCCAAACCAAAUAACGCUGCUAUUAACACCUCCAUCUCCAUACCUUGAACCUUCCUUAGGGUUCUUUUUGGCUGGAGAAAAAGCUGGGUCAUUCCCCAACCCAGCAAACAUAGUGGGAAAAAAGGAUUAUGAAGAAAAAAGGCAACUUUGGAUUCCGGAGACGGAUCGACACAUCUCAUCUUAUUUAUAACCUUCAAGGGCUUUGCAAGGCAGCCCAGGGAGGGGCAAUAAUUUUAUGGAAGGUCUCUAAUGCGCUAACUCGCAGCCUAAGCUCUACCUAAACAUUAUGGGAAGAGCCUGUGUUGGACAUAAGCGCGUGUGAAGCUGUGGGAGAGAUUUUUCCGGGUGGUUUUCUUAUCCCUAGGGCUGGAGUUCAAGUCAGAUGCUCGUAGCGAUGUUGCACUUUGUUCUCCAUCCAACCACAACUCCAGGCGAUGCGGCAUGGGAGAGAAGCUGGCCAGUGCUUUGUUGGAGGGGCUGUUUUGGUUUGGUUUUCUUCAAAACUUGGCUGGUUUUGUGCUGCUCUGCAAACAGAGGUUUGGGCAGAAGGAGGAGGUGGUUGCGUGCUGGCCCCAAACUGUUGGCAAGAUGCUGGAAGGCAGCGUGGAGGCUGAGAUGGAGCUGGGACCACUCCGGUGGCAUUGGCUGCUGUCGGCGCCUUCUGCACCGAAGCGGUUUUUAGAGUAAAAUCCUUUACCCCCCCAGUGCAGCGAUAAUGGGAAGUGGCAAGUGAGGGAGGUUUGUGGUAGGAUUCCCUCCAGCAUCCCUUCAAACCCCAGGCAGAGACAUCUUCAGUGGCUUCCUACCUGUCUGCCCCACCUCCAUUUAGCUUUUCCCUUUAGUUCUGUGUUGGGUUCGGUGCUUUUUUGGACCAUCAAGUGGUUUGGAGCAUCCAGCCACCCUCCCACACCCUGCCUGGGUUCACAUCCCAUCCCCGGAUGCCGUGGGGUUGCUGGGAUCUCUGUGACCCGUUUCUUAUGGCUUUGUGGUGCCCAUAAACCCGUGUGUCCUUCCCUCCCCCGACUUGACUCGUGUUGUAGGGUGUGGGGAACUCAAAAGGAACACAACUCACAUAUCCGUCUUACAAAUGACUUCAAGAUGGGGCCAUCUCUGCCAUCAGCUUCGAGGGAAGUGACCUAUAGACACUGUGUUCUGGGUGGGAUUCACCCCAAAAAUGCUGGAUGGAGAGGAGGAGCUUUAGGGUGUGACCUGGGGAGGAUUUGAUGGGCUUCAUCUCCAAAGCUGCUGCUGGUCUGCUCUGCUCUGGUCACGCUUGGUCCUUAGGACAAGACUGGGGGAGUUUUGGCUGAAGUGAGCGUCCACCCACCUGCAGCUUCUCCAGCUCCAGGGGCAGCACCCCAAAACCUCUGCAAGAAGCUCAGGGUUGGGCUUCUGGAAUCCACUUCCCAUUCCUUUCUGCCUUGGCUCAUCCUUCUGACUUUCUUUUGACAUGAAAACCCAUCCAAGCCCUCCUCCCCAUCCCUCCCUGUCCUCUGGCUGCUUGUGUUGCCUUUUCUCUUUAUUUUUUUCGGGAGGGGGGGGGGGGGAAAGGACAUGUUUUUGUAAACUAAUGUGGUGAAAACAGCUUUUUUUGCACAAGUCGUUGCACAAUAAGGGGAAAAAUUAGUAAAUUAGGUUUAACUUUAAAGGGAAUUUUUUUUUUUCCUUAAAACUCACUAGCAGAGCUACUGAUGAAGAGAAGAAAAGAAGAGAUGGACUGAUUAAAACAUGGACUGCAUGGUUUACAGGUUCAAUUGCGUUAGAAAUUAGCAUGUUGAUUCCGACUGUACAUUUAUCCUAUUGUAACUUCAAUUAAACAA